CACCGCCCCCCUGUCGUCUGAAGGGGAGGAUUUUUGUUUUGAGGAGACAAAAUAUUAGUCCCCCCCCACUGAUUUUCGGAUUUCCACUUGGAAUUACAAUACUUCUCGCAAGGGAAAUACCAUUCAUGUCAAUACUCCAAAAUGCAGCCGCCGCCGAGGAAGGUGAAAGUGACACAGGAGCUGAAAAACACACACACAGAGCAGAUGACAAGACUGCACUUUAAACACCAGACCGAAUGUGACCUGCUGGAAGACAUGAGGACCUACAGUCUGAAGAAGGGACAGCUGGAGAGGGACUACGCUCAGGCUCUACAGAAGUUAGCGAGUCAGUACCUAAAGAGAGACUGGCCUGCAAUCAACCCUGAUGACCAGAGAACAGACUACAGGAACGUGUAUGCGGUGUGGCGGUCCUACUUAGAAGGCACGGUGCAGGUGAGCCAGUCCAGGCUUAACGUGUGUGACAACUACAAAGGUCAGGUGUCGGAGCCCGCUAAGACGGUCCGACUCUACAAGGAGCAGCAGCUGAAAAAGACCAUAGAUCAGUUGAGCGGGAUUCAAGCAGAGCUGCAGGAGUCAGUGAAGGAGUUGGCCAAAGCCAAGAAGAAAUACUACGACUGUGAGCAGGUUGCCCACGCUGUACGAGAGAAGGCUGACAUAGAGGCCAAGUCUAAACUUGGUAUUUUUCAAUCAAGAAUUAGUUUACAGAAAGCAAGUGUUAAGUUGAAAGCUAAGAGAAGUGACUGCAACUCCAAGGCGACACAAGCCAGGAAUGACUACCUGCUAACGCUAGCUGCUGCCAACGCUCACCACGACCGCUACUACCAUACAGACCUACUGCAAUGCAUACAGGCCUUGGAUGGAAGUAUCUAUGAGCACGCAAAAGACUACCUGGUAGAGCUGAGUCGUACCGAGCUAGAGGCCUCCCAAGCAACACACAACACCUUCCAGUUUCUCUUGGACAAAUCCACGAGGAUAAUACAAGAAUACAACCAGCAGCUGUUUAUGCAGGAAAACCCAGUGUUUCACAAAGCACACGACUUCCAGUUCCAACCCAGCGAAUGUGACACGACUCUGAGCUCGGUGCCGCAGUUGGUGGACAUUGAGCCAUCGCCCGUCAGUGCCAUGAGAAUGACCCUGGCACAGAGCCUUACCAAAGCACCACACCAGAAUCAAGCGUUCAAUGGUUGGUAUUGUAGCCGUCAGCUGGAGUCAGAGACGGGGACGACGGAGGAGCACAGCCUGAAUAAGGAGGCCAGGAAAUGGGCCACCAGAGUGGCCAGAGAACACAAGAACAUCAUCCACUACAAGAGAUGUCUGGAGGAGUGUGAGGCGCAUGGCUUGCCCCCGACGGAGCAGGGCAGACUGGAUCUGGAGUUGAAGAUAGAAGACACCAAAGAAAACUUACGCAAAGCGGAGAUAAUAAAGUUAAAAGCUGAGGCUCGGUUGGACCUUCUACGGCAAGUGGGGGUUGCUGUGGAUACCUGGCUGAAGAGCGCCAUGAACCAGGUGAUGGAGGAGCUGGAGAAUGAACGUUGGGCCAGCUACACUUCCCACGACCCCUCACUGUCGGGCACGGUGGAUUUGGAGCGCGAGGAGGGAGAAGAGUGUGAGGAAAACAUGGAGAUUUUUGACGACAGCAGCUCCAGUCCUUCAGGAACCCUCCGAAACUACCCGCUGACCUGCAAGGUCCUGUACUCCUACAAGGCCUCUCAGCCAGAUGAGUUAACUAUUGAUGAACAGGAGAUGUUGGAGGUCAUUGAAGAUGGAGACAUGGAGGACUGGGUCAAGGCUCGCAAUAAGUCCGGAAAUGUGGGCUACGUCCCUGAGAAAUACCUGCAGUUCCCCACUUCCAACAGUCUGCUGAGCAUGCUUCAGUCUCUGGCAACACUCGAUGCUCGAUCGCACACUUCGUCCAACUCCACCGAGCCGGAGCUCCACUCCGGCUGCGUCAACGGAGACACAAACAUGAUCUUUGUCCGUGCACUUUACGACUACGAGGGCCAGGCGGACGAGGAACUCUCCUUUUCCGAGGGAGCGGUGAUCCGCCUGUUGAGCCGCGACACUCAGACCGAUGACGGCUUCUGGGAGGGCGAGCUCAAUGGACGGGUGGGCGUCUUCCCCUCCGUGCUGGUAGAAGAUCUCACUGAGAAUGGGGAGACCAGUGGGGGAGUUCUCGGUGACAUACAGAUUUCUCCAUCUCUGAAGUUGCGGUGUUCCCUGCCACACCUCCCGCUGUAUGAACAACCUCCCCUCAGCCCUUUCACCAGCCCGGGCACCUCCACCCCGCCGCCGCUCCCACGCUCACCUUCCGCCGCACUUAACGGGGAGCACAAGCCGCCACCCGCCUCGUCACACAAGGGGCAGCUACCCACCCACAAUCAAAGCUCCUCCAAGAGUCCAGUCUCGCCGGGAUUUCCUCAACCACUGCGAUUCACCCCUGAAGGAGGCCCGGGCAAAUUACGACCUGUGCGAGCUGCUCCUCCUCCACCCAAACAGCACCCCCGCCGAUCACAGGAGAAGAGUGACAAAACAGAGGAGGUGGAGAUCACACUGGUGUGACGGAUAGACAGACAAGACAGACUGGCAAGCAGUUAUGGAGACAAGAAAAUAAAACAGAUGACAGACCUUUGCAUCCUACCGACUGGAGAACCAAACUGCUCUGAACUGAAGUCAUCUUCAACAAAGCGAUGUGAAGAAAACCGAACUGAACCAUGGCCUCUCUGCAUGUCUUCUCCCCCUCAAGUUGAGGAGUAAAGCAAAGAAAGGGAAUGAAGGCAGUGUAUCCAAUUGCAUAAUCUCCGUAUCAGCUUCCUAAUGAAGUGCAGCAGAAGCCGCCCGGGUGUCCCUCUCUGCCCUCGACCCGUCCUUCCAUUCUUGCCUUAAAUCUUUACCUCAUCGGUCAGCAAAGCAGAGCACACUGAAGAGGAAGAAUGUUAAGAGGGGGAGAGCAUGAGGCAAAGUUAAUGAUGGGUUUGGCAAGUUUUCUUAAAUGUUGUUAAUGCAUACUCCCAAGUUAAAGUAUAACAAUGUAUCCUUUUCCACAGGAAUACCAGUUGCUACAUUUGAGAAAUUCCACUGUUAACCAAUGAGGCGUGUGGAAAGGUAUGGAGCCCUGAAACUCACAAAAUGUAGAAAAGAGCUAUGAGUCAAAAAUAUAGUAUUUAAUGAUAUUGUAAGCCAAAAAUAUAAAUGUUUCUAGAAAGAAAUGUACACCGCUAAUAUAUUUAAAAUAAUUUCUUUCUGUGCAACAAGCACUUCUUAGGUAAAGCAACUUUACCCACAUAAUGCCACAAACAAGGAAAUUAUGGAAGAAGAUUAUGGAAUAGUAUACACACACACACACCAGUAUGUCAUAGACUUAAAUUACAUAAUGUCCUAAUAUUAUUUAGUGUCGGGGCUCCAUAAAAAGUAAGCUUGAUGAAAGCCAAUCAGUAUAAAACUUGCCAAACGUCUCAUAUUUGAUUGAAGUUGAGGUUAAAGUAAAUGGACGGAGAAACUGGGUGGUGUGUGGACGCAUUGUCCCCCCUCGCCAGCCCUUCCCUUUCCAUAUAUAGACUCCUUAUCGUCAAACGUAUUCAAUGUGUAUUGGUACAGUACAUUACUGUUGUCAUAGGAAUGUUAUGCAGAGUUUCAUAUAGAAAAACUCAGCUGUUUGGGAUACCAUGUCUGAUAUGUAGUGGAAGUUGUAUCCUCAUCUUAUACUGAAAGGGCAUUGUAAAUACAGUAUGAAGGAGAGACGGAAGAAGGGAAGGGAAGGAGUGGAGGAAAGAACAAGAGAAAAUGGAGGCUGGAUCCACCAUUUCGGCUCUUUUCUCCACCUCCCGUCCCACAGACAAUUCAUACUACUCUCUUCUCUAAUCUCAAAUUUGUUGAUUUGUAUUUGGUGGGAAUUGAUGGCGAUCAUAUACACACAUUCAGUCACAGUAUAUCACGCACACACGACUAUAUCUCCUCUCUCUCCUUCCGUGACCCGCCGUGUGCUCGUCUCACUGAAGGAGGCAGAUGGUGCUUUCAGAGGCACCGGCAUCGUUGGUAUUCACUAUGUGGUGACUACAAAGAUUUUUAUUUCAGAUGAUAUAGACGCACAUCGUAUGUGGGGUCAGGAGUUUUUUUAAUCAAACACAGAAUGAACUGUAUAGCUUUUAUCCCUACAGACCAUAUCACGUUGAUUUAGUUGAUUUAGAUCACUUCACCUCUGCUUUAUAUCCUUGUUCAGUUGACGCGCAUUACAUUUACAGGUAUUAUUUUUCUGUUUGGCAAAGCAACUCUGACGUCACUCAGUGUUUUUAUUUUGUUUUUGAUACAGAAGAGAAAGCGUUUUUUAAAAACAAAUUAACCUUUACAUUUCCUAUUAUCCUUUUGUUUUAAUUUAUGGUGGUAAAACAGCAAAAAGAAAAAGACAAUAUGCUGAAUGGACAGAAAAUUUCAUUUAAACGGAGCGAAGUACAAUUCUGUUUUAUUUACUCAAAGUAAAUCCCCCCUCUAUACCCUUUAAGCCUUUAAAACUCCUUGCCUAAAGGGCAGCGUAGCACUUUUAUUUAUUUGUACCUUCCAUGAAAAGUAGCAGUACUUUAACAUUGCAUCAGAAUGGACAGAAGAGACUGAUGAAGCACUGCAGUUUAAUACAGAAAUCACAGUUGUUCAUUUAAUUCUGAUUCUGUUUUGAAUCCUCUUUAUUUUAGUGUGACUAAAUAUCUCGUUUUGUUUUGUUCUCAAACUCUUACAAAGAGAUGGAGGGAUACUUUUGGACAAUGAAAUGUGAAAAAGGUCUUUUGAAUGAUGACUGAGAGAGAAUGGGGCCCAGAUGUUUGUGUGUCUAUCUGUACUUGCUUCUUCCUUAUUUAUUUUACACUUUACACAAAUAUGUCAACAUGGAUUUUAUAUUAGCUUGACUAUGAUCGCUUUUCUUCAUUGUGGUGUUGCUGGACAAUAUUGGUCCAGAAUGCAAUACGUAAGAGGAAGUAAUAACAGUUAAAUAAUUGCUCCCUGUUGGGAGGCUGCAACUGACGAAGGUAUUCAAUCGGUUUCUCUUUGUUCGUAAAAUUAUAAAUCAUGCUUCAAAGUUGCGGGUGUCACAGCACAUUCAUGGUUGAUACGCAACUGUAAUGUAUAUUAUAGUUUCUUCUAAAUCGGUGCACCAUAUGAACUCUGUUAUAGAGUACAUUGUGUUUAGUGUUACUAUGUUUUCAGGGGUCGGGGCGCAGCGUAAGAAGAGGAGAAACAAUCCAAUGAAGUCUCAAAUUGAUUGUUUUCCUCUUGGUUCAGUAGAGGUGAAUUAUAUCUGAUUGAGAAAAGAGAUGCCAGAAGUGAAGAUGAUCCUAUCAAUGUUAUUUUUCAUGAGUUCAUUAAGCGUACCAGCGAGUUCUAGUCACAGAUCUCAUCGACUUGUGACAGUGUGGUCAGUCAACUGACUUUAUUUAAAAGAGUCUUCAAGCUUCCCACCAUCGACGCUCAGUCUUUCUAUCAAAUAUGAAAUGUAUUACUUUUUGUUGCCAGUUGCCACUUUGAACAUAAUUAUGUCCCUUUUUGAGACUCCCUCUGGUUGCCACAGUGUUGAGCUUUAGAAUGAGCCUGUUGAGCCUUGGUUUUAUGGAUGAUGAUGAUAUUCUUUUAUGUUUCAUCCUUCGAUUUGAAGCAGCUACAGUGCUUUUAACGAUGUGGUGGAACAACUGGCCUCUCUUCACAGACCGUUGCCAUGGUGACAAUAAUGAGAACAGGUGCAAAAGUCUUUCUGCAUAUUAUUAUUGGCUGUACAAAAAAAAAACAAAGUUUGUAUUUAUUGUGUACAAAUGUUAAUUAAUAAAAAAAAAUACUGAAAAGUUG